AUGGUAGAGAAGCAACGUCCAGGAUUGGCCGAAGAAUGGUCACCUCCGCAGGGCACAACUACGCAUGUGCCGCACCAUGCCCUUGUUCGUAUUGCGGCUGAGCAUCAAGUGCCAGUGGAAUCCUUAACCACUCUUACUGUGCAGAGCUCUGUUAGGCUUCUCUACUCUGCCGUUUUGGAGUACGCGGCGUUAUCCGAUCUUCAAGAUCCAAAGACAUCCUUCCCUCUAUCUGUUGCUCACGUGAAAUCCCUACGAUCAAACGAUGACUUCGACAGUGAAACUUUGACAAGUUUUCGGAUGGCUAUGAUAACAAUGGAACAAAAAAAGUUGAAAGGCGGGAAAGGCCUGUUAGAUAAGAAGCUUGCACAGCCAAAAUUUCGGCUCGGCUUGGGGGAAACUGUCAUUGUCUGGCCACCCCCACCUCAUCUUACGGCCGACUAUCUCUGCAAACAAAACAGCGACGCAAAGCGUAGAAUGGGAGAGCUCGAUGCUCUUGCAACGAAAACGGAAGGUAGUUCUGAAUCCAAAGUGCCAGAAGUUCCUGAAGAAGGGAGAGAGAAUGGCGAUGUAGCAGGUACGGAUGACAACAGCACUGGUCUGCAUAUGCACAUUGUACAUUACUCCGUGGGAGAACCGCAGGAGGUGAACGGAACGCUUUCGACUCUCCGUGAACUGCUAAUAGUCGGGCUUGACGGUUCCAAAAAGCUGCGUAACUUUGCAACGGAGAUCUCUCAGUGGAGCGUUGACAAAGACAUCUACGACGGCAACGACCACAAGUUUUCACUGUAUCGAUACCAAUUUCGUCAUGGAAGUGGUAAAUGGUCAUUAGAGGGCGUGAAGCGCUCAAGAACACCGGCAUCUGUUAUUCUUCCCGCGAUGAGAAUGAAUAACAUUCUCGAAGACGUCAAACACUUUCUUAAAGUGGAGACGCGUAAAUGGUAUGUCGAGCACGGUAUGCCACAUCGGCGUUCGUUUCUUUUUUUCGGACCACCCGGGACAGGCAAGACAUCGACGAUCCGUGUGAUCGCGUCUCAAUUCCAGCUCAACUGCUGUUUUCUGAGCAUGACGAAUCCAAAAUUCAGCAACCAGGACCUCGCCCAGGCACUCACAGUGAUCCCCGCGAACGCGCUUCUCGUACUUGAGGACGUGGAUGCACUAUUCAACAAGGACCGAACCAGCGCCGAGGCACCGAACCUCUCCUUUUCGAGCUUUCUGAACGCGUUGGACGGGUUGAUCAGUGCGGAUGGGGUCAUCACGGUGAUGACGACGAAUCACAUUGCCAAACUGGACAGCGCGUUGAUCCGGGGCGGACGUGUGGAUCGACGAUUUCACUUUCCUAGUCCUGACGAGGAGCAGAUCCAACAGCUAUUCAUGUCCUUCUACCCAGAGGCGGGGCAGGAAGUGGCACAGAAAUUCGUGAGGGCAGUGUUUUCCAGGCUCGGGGACAAGGAGGCACGGUCGAUCGCGACGUUGCAGCAGCUGUUCAUCGAUCAGCGGGAGAAUUCGGCGGAAGAAUGCGCGCGGUCAGUGGCCUCGUUCUUUGAAAGGUUUUAUCCCAAGGGGGAUACUUCCUUAAGGGGAGCAGACCAUAUCUAUGGGUAGAGUCGUAGACGUCGACGUCGACGUAGAAUUGGCUCGGUUUCCUGGAAAGAUUCUACGGCGAGA